CAACCCAGGUUUUCUUACGGCUUUCUAUUUGGAAUUUCGACUUUGUUGACAACAUUGCGUUGGGUUCGCACCUGAAGCACAAUUUCUUUUCUUAAUUGCCAUCCUCUCUAGUCUGGAACUGAAUGUAAAAUUGUCCAAGAUUGAAGCCACGAAGAAGCAUUACGAGGUUGUGACCUUUACGAUGGCAGCCGAAGAGGAUGACGAGGACGCCGUCAAGUCUCAAGCUCACUACAUUGCCAAGGCCGCGCUAGAGAAAGCCGAACUCAAGCAGCGGGGAGAGUGUCUAAAUAAUAAAAUCCGCAAGGCCCAGCAGGAAAAUAAAGCUCUGGAGAACACAACUCUGUUAUUCCACAUCAGCAACACCGGAUUUCACACAACAGUCGUCAAAGCGAAAGAAGCCACUCCAGAUUAUCAGGAAAAGUUCAAGCUUGAAGAGCAGCUGCAGGUAGCCGAGGAAACGCUGGGGUCCAAAAGGCAGAUGGCUAAAAAGCUUCGUGAGGACCUACAG